UCGAAGUAAAGCGAACGGCUGUGCAUUAUUUAUGGUUUUGAAAGGCUUCUAAAGUAUAUAUUUGUAUUUGUACCGCAUCAGAGUAUUUAUUAUUCCGGGCUUCAACCUUUGGUGACAGUAAUGUGUUUGGAUAAUAUUUCAAUAAGAUAUGUGAAAGUAUGAGUUUACCAGGUCGAACGUUAAUGUUAAAUGCAAAAACUAUACAUGUUGUGUUGAUAACAAAAUAUGUAGCAGAGUUCCAGAAUAAGCCGUGUAUAUGAAAGGCGUAUAUUUAGACAGAAGGUUGAUGUCUUAAAAGAUUAACAUUUGAAACAGUGCGUGUUUAAAACAACAAAUAAAUGUUUGAUUCAAAGGAGGACAACUUGAAUUUUAGGGACAUCGACAGAGGCUGGGCAUGGAUAGUUUUGAUAGCGUGCUUUUUCUCAUUCUGUAUCCUUGGUAACGCCCAAUUUUCUGUGGGGAUCAUGCAUGCAGCCCUUUUAGAGAAACAUGGAGCUAGUUUGGCCGUCACAUCAUGGGCAGGAGCCUUGCAUGUGGCACUGGUAUCACUAGCAGCGCCAUUGUCGACGCUAUUAUUAAACCGGUUCAAUUGUCGACUUGCCAUGGUUAUAUCGAGUCUGCUUUACGCACUCGGUUAUAUUUUGACUGCAUUUUCGCCUCAUAUAAUCGUGUCGAUUAUAUCCUGUGGGAUAAUUGCCGGAACGGCUGGAGGUAUCGGUUAUACAGCGACCAUUGUGGCAAUCAAUUUCAGUUUUCGGAAACAUAGGAAUCUGGCAACUGGCAUUGCACACAUAGGAAUUGGUCUAGGGUCUUCGGCGUUCGCCCCGUUGAUGGAGAUAGCAAGAAGCUACUAUGGGACUUCAGGCUUUUUCUUCAUCGUUGCUGGAAUGAACUUGCAUAUGGCUGUAUGUGGAAUGGCAUGCUUUCCAAGCCAGCUUGAAAAACAUAUACAAAUAACACGACGUGUUGAUGCUUUAAAGAACGAUUAUGCGACCAGUUCUUGUCUUAGUAAUGUUUGUCAACCUUAUGCUACGAUCAUCAGAAAUAGAUAUGUGUGGUUACUUUCCAUUUCAUUGUUCUCGUACUGUUUAGGAAUAUAUCUUGUCGGUUUACACCUGCCUUCUUUUAUUGCCUCCAAAGGAUUUUCCGCCAUCCAGGCUGCAUCCCUGAUUUCUCUAAUGGGAUUUUUCUCGGCAUUUGGGAGAUUGACAGCAGGUGUUCUAGGAAACAUGGAAUUUGUGAACGAUAUGACAGUGUAUGCUGUGCCGCCUCUCAUAUUAUCCGUUGUCAUCUUUACGUAUCCGCUGUUUUCCAACGCUCUCGCUGGACAUAUUGCAUUUGCUGUGAUCUUCGGACUCCUUUUUGGGUCUCUGUUCGUCAUGUACCAGUCGGUGAAUGUUCAUUAUGUGGGAAUAAAGAACUUGUCCGUGGCAUUAGGAGUGGAGUUUAUGGUAUGUGGAAUUGGUGGAAUAAUUGGACCUGUUUUAGCCGGACUGCUAAUAGACAUGGGAGGGUCGUAUGAGCUGUCUCUUCAGCUUGCAGGCGUUUUUAUUCUUCUUGCCAGUAUCACAGGUCUGUUGACAUUGUGUUUCAAACCCACAAAGACGCCAAACGUUAUCUGCUCCAUCGACGACGCAGAGUUAUCAAUGAAAACGAAUGAGUGA